AUGCUGCUGGGGAUGGAGGGGGACGCGAGGGUGGCGGCGGCGGCGGCGGGUUCGGAGUGCAGCAGCGGCUGCCAGUCCGGCUGGACCACCUACCUGGACGACGACCGCUCCUCCUACGAAUACUCCUACGACCACGCCGUGGGGUUCCACAGCCUGCCGCAGCAGCAGCAGCAGCCGUGCUACGUCUGCGUCUUCUCCGACGAGGAGGAUGACCUGUCCAUGGUCUCCGACGCCUCCUCGGGGCCACGCCAGCAGCACUCGGCCGGCUCCGAGGAAGGCGCCGCCGCCGCGCUCCCCAGUCCGCGUGCGGCGAGGAGAGGCAACAGGAUGGCGCAGCCUGCAGCGGCGAGGCGGCAGAGCAAGGUGGCCGCCACCGUCGCGUCCACUCUGCUCGAGGACACGGCCAGCUCGCCCGCAGUCUUCAGGCACUCCAAAUCCAAGGUGACGAGCUCCCCGGAGGCCGACGGCUACGGCAGCGCGGCCGGUUCGAUGAUGGACGUCGGCAACGCGCCCGAGUUCUCCUGCGGCUUCUUCGCAACCACGACAGGCUUCGAGUUCGAGUCUUCCUGCUUGAACAUGUCUCCUCUGGGCGGCUACCUGUACUCCCAUGCUCCUGUGAAACCGAUGUCCACAAGACAGGUGUUCAGAGAUGGAGGUGACAAGAUCCAGAGGUGGUGACCAACACAUUGCCAAGAGCUUGUCGCCGUUGCUCUGCCGGUUGCAGGAUGUUCACGGCUUCCUGUUAUGC